AUGGCACCAGGUACGUGUCAACGAGUGUGUCCGCAUCGACCGUCCCGCCGUCAACUUCGAGUCGCGACGUUGAGCGAAACGCCGAAGUUAACCGACCGCCGGGCCAAUGACGUGACGGCACAUGCCUUCCGCUUGGCCGCGGUUGAUCCUCGACUUGAAGACAUUUUGCGGACGAAAGACCCAAACAACAGCUUGAACUCGCAACUCGACGAACCCGGCUUCCUGCUCUCACAACACCUAGCAAUGUUCCGCACAGCAGUUACCAAGGGCCUCGCGGCGGGCAUCCCGUCAAUUGGCACCAGAGCUUUCAGCACUUCUCCCGCCGCGCAGGCUGCGGCGGAGGUCAACAAGGUGGCCGUGAUUGGCGCCGGACAGAUGGGCUUGGGAAUUGCCCUGGUUGCUGCUCAAAAAGCCGGCGUCCCUGUCACGUUGGUCGAUAGCAAUCAAGCAUCUUUAGAUAAGGGCCUCAAGUUCGCCGAUAAACUCCUCGAGAAAGAUGUGGCCAAGGAGCGCAUCACAAAGGACGCUGCGGCAAAGAUCCGCUCCAUGAUCACACCCACCACCAAGCUCGAAGACGUCUCGGACGUAGACUUUGUCAUCGAGGCCGUUCCCGAGAUCCCCGAUCUCAAAGCAUCCAUCUUCUCCAAACUCGCGCAGGUCGCUCCCAAGCACGCCAUCCUCGCGACCAACACCUCUUCCAUCUCAAUUACCAAAAUCGCCGCCUCCACCACCACAGACCCAAGAGACCUCUCAAACUCCUCGCGCGUUAUCUCAACCCAUUUCAUGAACCCCGUGCCCGUCCAAAAGGGUGUCGAGAUCAUCACCGGCCUGCAGACCUCGCAAGACACCAUCGACACCGCUCUCGAAUUCGUCAAGCGCAUGGGCAAGAUCCCCGCUCGCUCCACUGACUCUCCUGGAUUCCUGGCGAACCGCAUUCUCAUGCCUUAUAUCAACGAGGCGAUUUCGUGCUUGGAGAACGGGAUUGGAACCCGUGAGGACAUUGACAGCAUCAUGAAGUAUGGAACGAAUGUGCCCAUGGGGCCGCUGACCUUGGCGGAUUUCAUUGGAAUUGAUACCUGCCUUGCGAUUAUGAAUGUUUUGCACCAGGAGACUGGUGAUAGCAAGUAUCGGCCUGCAGGUUUGCUGAAGAAGAUGGUUGAUGCCGGGUGGUUGGGGAAGAAGACCGGAAAGGGAUUUUAUGACUAUUAA